AUGCAGCGGCCCGUCAUCUCCUACGACGACAUUACACUGUCUUACGAUGACUCUGAGCCCACGAAGCCAGCGGCUGUAGCCUCAUCUCCGCCCAAGGCGUCGUCCUCCAAAAAGCGCAAAUGGAACAACAACCAUAAUCGAAACAAGAAACCACCUCAAGCCCCCGUAAAACAAGAGCCAGAAUACGACGAUGAGGACGAUCCUGACAGUCGCAUAUUAACUGCGGAAGAAAUAUGGGACGACUCCGCGCUCAUUGACGCGUGGAAUGCGGCGACAGAGGAAUAUGAAGCACUGAAUGGACCGGACAAGGGAUGGAAGAGCGAGCCGGUACAUAAAUCUCCGUUAUGGUACAAUGUCCCUCCCAAUCAACCACCGAAGAAAAGGCCUAGGACCGAGGCUGUUGCACCGGAAAACGAUGGAGACUCGCAGCCAAUAGAUUUCGCGACCUUCGUGCCAACUUAUGACGCGUCUCUCGUUUUGCCGGCGCCGACCCUUCCCGAGUCAAAUGAGGGCUACCACCUCCCAAAUCUUGCAUCGAUGCCCAGUCAGGAUGAAGCAUUCCAGCGAGCCUUGGGUGCCAUGUACUGGGGUGGGUACUGGACAGCGGUUUAUCAUUGCCAACGUAAUGCUGCGGCUGGCCUACAAGAAGACGUAGUCGAGGAAGGCGAAGAUGGAGACGAAGAUGACGAAAAGGUGUUAGAGGACGGCGAGGAUGAGGGUGAAGAGAAUUUUGUGCCUACGCAGAGAUGA